AUGCCAACACACACACCCUCACCACACCGCUUCUUAACCCCCAAUCCGCCCUCGGCACAAAAGUCGAAGAAGCCACAAUCCAAUCUACGCAAUACGUUCGCCAUACAAACGCCCCCGCUCGCGAAGAAACCGGCGCAAAAACCAGAGCUGCAAUUCAAGAAGUUGACACCUGCGAAACGCUUCGUCAUCGCGCCUGCGCAACACAAGAUAACCGCUGCGACAGACCAUGGACCGAGCAAGGAGAAGCACGAAGCGGCGCGGGAACUCCAACUCCAACACACGACCCCGCGGCCGAAGCCACCAAGGAAGUUUGAGCGCGUAGAAAGCAUAGAAGGAUCACAGGAACACGAACCCAACAAUAACAACAACGACGAUGAUGACGAUGAAAUGCUCUUCGACACUGCCGCACGCACCAAGCGCCGCCGCACAUCACCACCAAGCCCACCACAACUACAAUCCCCAUCGGACCCCCAAACACCCGCACCAACAACCCAUCGCUUCAAAGUACCGCCACCCCGCACACCCGCGCCCUUCCCCAGUAUAGCAACAGUAGCAGCGACAGCACCCGUACCUCCAUCUACAUCUGCAUCGCGCCCCCACUUCAUCCUCCCCGCGCUUCCCACCUCCCCACCCAAACCAGUCAAACCCCCUCCAGACAUUUUCUCCCCUUCUCGCAAAACAGCAAAGUACAUACCCGGCGGUAUGGCCUCGACGGCUGCGGGUUGGAUUGUGGAAACGGCGAAUAUGGCGUUUGCGACACAGGAUAGGGGCGGUAGUGUGCUGUGGGGACGGGAUAGGGACGAUGGUGUUAAGAUUAGAGUUCGGAUUACGGGGUUAGCGGGGAAGGGGACGAAGGGGGGUGGAGAUGAUGAUGGUGUGGUGGGAUGUUAUGCCGGUGGUGUUGUUUUUGCAAGGGGGUGUGUACAGCAUGCUAUGUAUACUGCAUCGAGCAAUUCGGAUGCAGACGAGGAGGUAUUCAUCCUGGUGGCUGGUCAAGGAGGUGUGAGAGGCUCUGGGGGUGUGCUUGUCAAGAUAGGGAGUUUGCUGGGGGUGAGAGUGCCGACUUGGGAUGUUGAUGUACGAGGGGAGAAGUGGUUGGUUGCUGUCGACUGGAUAUUGUUGUGA